AUGGGAGCACCAGUUAGCAAUUGGCAGCAAGCCACGCUUAGCCAGACGGGGUCUUUCUUUGAUAGCAUCACUUACGAUUUACGGCAUAUCAUUUACCAACAUUUCGACGACCUGUUACCAUACACCAACGGUCGAUCUUUCAGUGGCUACAUAUUGUCAUGCCAGAAGGCCAAGAAUGAAGUGGAGGAAUUCACCGCUAUUAAAUUAAAGAGGGAUCUCGAGGCCUUCGGGAAAUUAUAUGAAGAUAAGAGCACAUUCGCUAUCGGUCUACCUGACAUUCCCAAAACUAGCACGUUCGCACAACUGCGCAGUAUUACGGUCACGCUGCCAAUCCAGGCGCUAUUCACUUCUGUAGGGGGCGAUGGCAUAAUCUUUUCUCCAGAGCCUGGUUAUGGCUGGAGGCUAGGCACAUUGCAAGGACUUCAUCUGUUGUGCGCCAACUAUUACGACAUGGUCCAUGUAAAAUUCAUUGGAGAUCCGACCGAGACUCAUAUAACAAGCACAGAGCAGCUUCCGAGGUGUAUGUAUGCAGCCUUGGUAGCUUUUAUAGAGGUAAUAUUUUUUGUCAACCCGGCAGAAAUCCAAAAGGAAUUCCAAGCCCAAUACUUGCCAAGUACCGGUCUAUCUAUCGGUACUGCUACAUGGCCUUCCCCGGAAUGGACAGAAGAACAACAAGCAUCAAUAAGGGACUGGGGCGAUGCUAAGACCUACACAUGGGGGCCAGGGUGGACUCCGGGGCUACCUAUUCGCACUAAGCGCAUAUGCCUUUCCUGGGCUCUAAACGCUCAUACGCCUGAUAUUUCACGAGCGCCACUGUUAGGCAAAACAUACCGGGCUACACAGAAACAUCUAAAGCGGCUUAGAUUGGAACAUAUACCGCGAGACUAUGCGCCACUUUAUUACCACGUUCACAAUGAGGCAAGUACCGUCGCUGAAAUGGGUAUCAUUUCCAACUGGCGCUGGUGUUCAAAGUACGAAGAUGAGCCCGAUUAUCCUCAUCUUCCUGAUCAGUAUGAUAGUACAUUUCAUCCUCCCGAAAACAAUCUUACCAUACGAAUCAUCGAUCACAGGUUUAAGGUUGCAGAUUGCUCCAGCGAGGGUGUAGGGUUAGGACUCCAGAUUUCAGAGUACUCCGGGGUAUAA